AAACCAGCCAGCCACUGCGGAGCUGUUCAGUGCGUUGGCUCCGGCUGACGGUCAGUUCUGCCCCCAGUGCUCUGCUCUGUGUCGGAGGAGGAAGAACAGGAACCGCUCGGAGGACACAGCUCCUUUCACAGCUCCUUUCACGCCCGCUUCCCUGCUUCCAGCGCCGCUUUGCUGCUUUUAUUUCGCCGGCUCUCAACGUUCGUUUCCGAAUAGCCUCGGUUAAAGAAGAUGCUGGAGUCAAUUAAAGUCACAGAACAACUUCACUGGCCGGAGGUGGAUUUCUCCAAAAAGUCCGUCUUCAGUGCUACUGACAGGGUGGUGAGUCCCAGCCAGGUGUGCCUCGAAAAGCUGUCCUCCACUGUCCUCCAGGGCCUCCUCGGCACCGGCUCCAACAGCUUCAACGUCCUUCUGCAAGCCGAGGAGGAGAAGAAGAAGAAGCAGAAGCAGUCCCUGUGCAAGAGGCCCAAGACGUCUGUGAGAAGAGGUUCCGCGUUUAGUAAAAGAAACCGUCUGAGCCUGGCUCGCAGAAAGACGCGCCUCCCAGACGGUGGCGACAAACCCGUGCCGACAAACUGUGUCCUGUCCGGCAGCAACUGCAGUCUCCUUAAGCCCAGCCGGAACCUCACCAUAGUGGGCAGCAAGAUGGGACUGAGCCCUCGCGCAGUCCCACAGCCCCUCAGGAAAACCUCCACCCAGAACGUGCCUCGCCCCGGGCCUCCAUCCCUCCACAAAGCAGCAGUCUCACGGGAGGCCGACAGCGUCAAGAAGCUCUGCAUCCUCACAGCCAUCAAGCCGUCCAACGUCGAGAAAGAGAAGGACAAGUUCUUCAAGUCUGACUUCAACUACAAUCCCCAGUUUGAGUACAGCAACCCCAUUUCUGCAGCCAUCCUGGCCCGCCACAACAAUGCCUCCGAUCACUUUCUGACCCAGGCCGUGAAUAUCAUGGAGCUUGCCUUGGAGAGAUAUGGCAGCUACGAGAAGUUUGAGCAGCUCACCGGCGGCAACCUCCUCACCAAGAGUCGCAUCUGGAGCAGUGUGAAGAGAUACAUGGAGAAGGAAGGCUGCGUGGGCGAGAUAGUAGUCCAGGUGACCGAUGACCUGCUGUCCAGAGCCUCCAUGACGGUGGUGAACGGCAGACCCACGAUGACCAUCAACACCUCCAGCGCUCGGGAGCACUGGCUGGAGGGCAUGCUGCGGCACGAGAUCGGCACUCAUUACUUCCGAGGGAUCAACAACUGCCAGCAGCCUUGGAGCAGCAGCGCGGGAAGGAAGAAGCUCAACCUGAAGCCUCUGAACCCAACAGAGGAGGGCCUCGCCAGCAUCCACAGCGUUCUGUUCAGGAAGGACCCCACUCUGUGGCGCGCCGCGCUGCUCUACUAUACCGUCUAUCAGGCCAGGCAAAUGUCCUUCUCUCAGCUCUUCCACAACCUGGGCCGCUUUGUCCAGGACCCAAACACACGCUGGGACUAUUGCGUCCGAGCCAAAAGAGGCCAGAGCGACACAGCCCAGCCAGGAUGCUUCAGUAAAGACCAGGUUUAUCUGGAGGGCAUACUGAAAAUUCUGAGGUAUAGAGACAAGAUUGACUUCCCUGCUCUGAUGGCUCUCGGAAAGGUGUCAUUUGAAGAUGUGGAUCGUCUGAAACCGCUCGGUCAGAUGGAGAAUGUCCGCAUCCCGCACUUCAUGCAGGACCAGGCCAGAUAUGCUGAGCAGCUGACAAAGAUUAUGGCGGUCAAUCAGCUGACCGAUGAAGAGCUGAAGAGGCUCAUCUGAGCUCCGUCCUCCUCUUCCUCCUCCACAGCCCCCAAUAAAACCUGCUGUGCCCGGCUCCUGCCUGCACGCAUCUCAUCACUAAUGCAGACCUUGUGCAUGCGAGCAAAGCUGGGACCUGGGCAGUGUGCCGCACUUUGGGAUCCUAAGACUCACUUCAGGCUCUCAAGGUUCAGCCUUAGCCUGCUCAUUGUUCCAAAGAUAAACAGUCCCUUUAAAGGAAAAGAACGCUGCUGUGUUAUAUUUAAGUUUGAUGUUAUCGCUGUACUUUUUCUGCCAUUACAGAUGGAUUGCAGUAUCAAUACAUAAAGAGUAUUUUCUCCAACCUGUGUUAAGUUUCGUGCCAAGUUUUCUUCUUCAGUGUAUUAAAUGCUGCCGUGUAGAAGUUGGACACUCAAGCUUCCUGUUGGUCGGAUGUUUCAAAGCAUCACUAUUUAAAGCAGAUCUAUUUAAUAAAUAAGCCAAAUCUGGUUCUCAUUAAUUUAUAAUCAAGUUCAGAGCAGGAAUAGAGCCAUGCAGAUGUGUUUCCAGGUUAGUUUAGUGCGUAACCAGUACAGCUGAUUUCCUGCAGAGACUAUACAGGAAUGGACCAUGUUUGCCGAAAUAAUUCAACCUUUGUGAAAAAUAAAAGCACCCCCCCCCCCCCACCUCCAAUUCCACACUUCAGGAAAGGCUUCUCAUGUUCAACGCUUUCAGAAGUCUAAAAGUCAUUUAGUAGCAACAUACACAUCAAAUAAUGCACUGAUCUUUGUUUUCACACAUCUGCUUUGUGGCAUGUAGGUCCAUCAUGAUGGUGACUCCUCUGAUCCCCAGCAGUGUGGAACCAGGCCUCUUGGCUUAUUGUUUUUGUUGAUCCAGGAAACUGUCAGCUGCAAUAUUCUUAGCAGCAACUUGUCAUCCAUCUGAUGGGAAGAGGACCAGUCCCACCAGGACCACCCCAAGUGUCUCCUUAUAUUGUGAUCAUCACCACUGACUCUUUCUCUGGUCAACACUAUUAACACAAAUCUUUGAGCAGUCAGUCCAACCGAAUGGCCACUGGCAACUAUACAGAUGAUCUCCUGCAAUAUACAAGCCCAAACUAUAUAAGGUAACCAUUAGUUCAGAUUGAAAAGAACAUAUCAGUGCAUGCUCCGGAUCCCUUCAAAAUCAGGUCAGUUUUCUGACUUAUAUAUCCAUGGAAAAUAGUGUGUCCCUCCUCUUAUCUAAGUGUACUUAUCCUGAGUUUGAGAUCUGUCUGUUUAGCAAAUACAAAUACCUUCUUGCACCUCUUUGUGUUGUUGUCUCUGUUAGAAAGCAAACUGUUUUUGCAGGAGAGAAGGAUGAGAAAAUGAAGUGAUGUUUGAUACCACCGCCUCACACCAGCACAGAGAGUUCGCUGGUCACAGCAGGGAAUUUGAAAGUAAAAGUCAUUUUAGAAACUGUUCAAGAUAAGUGAAAAGUCCCGAUGACCACAGUGGACUCACCUCUAAGCACUCUCUGACCUGUAGUCUACCUUUAUACCGCUAGCUGUAGGAGCUAUAGGUGUUGUUUUGAUCUAAGCAAACUCAUUAAAACAAAGUUUUUCUGAAAGAAAACACUUUCAAUGUUUAUGACAAUGUUAUUUUUUGAAUGUGUUCGUGAAACAAUCCCUCAAUAAAGAACUGUUAUACAACGAUA